AUGUCAUCGCCUGAUCCGCGUUACCACCUCGUCCCCGGCCCGCCAUUCCGCCUCCUCCCAUUAUGCGCCGUGACGCCGUCCACGUCUCGCUUCUCCGACAUCUCGUUUCCUCCGUGUUGCGCCAGGGAGUCUCCUAUACCGCCAUUCCACCUCUUCGCCUUGGCGCCUCUCAUCCCGUCGCCUUGGUGCCUCUCAUCCCGUCGCUCUGGCGCUGUUCCUCCUCUUCACCCCAUUCCACCUCCUCCCCAUUCCGCCCUCCCACCGCCAUUCAUCUCAUCUCCCCCAGCCAUCCCACCUCCUCCCCAUUCCGCCCUCCCACCGCCAUUCAUCUCAGCUCCCCCAGCCAUCCCACCUCCUCCCCAUUCCGCCCUCCCACCGCCAUUCAUCUCAUCUCCCCCAGCCAUCCCACCUCCUCCCCAUUCCGCCCUCCCACCGCCAUUCAUCUCAUCUCCCCCAGCCAUCCCACCUCCUCCCCAUUCCACCCUCCCACCGCCAUUCAUCUCAUCUCCCCCCAGACAAUCACCUCCUCACUAUUCCGCCCUCUCAUCAUUCAUCCCAUUCCCCCCACACCAUCCCACCUCGUCCUCAUUCCGCCCUCCCACCAUUCCCCCAUCCCCCCACUCAUCCCAUCUUCCCCCAGCCCAUCCCACCUCCCCAUUCCGCCCUCCUCCCCCCCCCAUUCAUCCCAUCUUCCCCCACCCAUUCCCACCUCCUCCGCAUUCUUGCAUUUCCCACUUUGCGACAACUCACCCCAUUCAUCACAUCUCCCCCAGUCCAUACCAGCGCGUCCAAUACUACCCUUCACACCCUCCUCAUCCCUCCCUGCCCGCAAACAUUCCUCAACACACCCUGCCCUUGCACCUGCCUCUUGGCCCGCCCCUCUCGUGA